AUGCCCGUCAUGAUGUUCUGCUACGCGCCGGAGAACGCCAACGUGCUACAGUACAAGCCAGUCCCUGACUUCUCCUUCCCGGACCCGCAGAAGCUCAAGAAUCACAAGGGGAAUGAUUCAAAGGAGGCUGGCGAAACUUUCUCCUUUGUGUUGACCGAUUCCGACUCCAACCGUCUCUAUGGCUUCUGCCGUCGCUACUCCACCCCAGCAGGGCCUGAGGUUGCCUGCAUCCUGACCCGAAACCCGUGGUACAAGGUCUUCUGCAACAUGUUGUCGGCUGCGGAGGAGAUCGCUCUUGGCUGCAAGGGGGUAUACGGUGUCGCCGCCCUUAUGAAGAAGAUUCAGGAUUGCGGGCUGAACCUGUCUCAGGAGGUUGGGAUGCCGGCACCAGGACACACAGUCCGGGUGUUGCUGGAUGGGAUCCACCCAACCAUACCGGAGCUGGUGAUCGAGCGGCCCAUCAAUACGUCGUCUUGCCGGUACGACCAUCGGCUGUGCGCGCUGUUCAAGAACAUGCCGAUCUCCAAGGUCGUCAUGCUCUUCUUCCUGAUGUUGACCGAGCGCCGUAUCAUCCUCCUGUCUAACAGCCCCUCGACCCUCUCGGACUGCGCGCACGCGCUGACUUCGCUCUUGUAUCCCUUCGAAUGGCAGCACAUCUACGUUCCUAUUUUAGUCCCCAAGAUGUUGGAUUACGUCUGUGCUCCGAUGCCUUUCAUCAUCGGCAUGCAUAUCUCGAUGCUGCCGAAGCUUAAGGGGAUGCCCAUGGAAGAGGUGGUGAUGGUGGACCUCGACAAGGGAAGGCUUCGCUACAACGAGAAAGACAUCCAGCACCUUCCUGAUGAGCACUUUGACGCCAUGGUCAACGCGCUUGCCAAGUGCGUGUCCAACAUGAGCGGGAAGGAUGCUGACUGGGCACCGAUCUCGAGCGUGUUUCUUGAUUUCUUCUUGUGCGUCUUCAGCAGUUACCGCAGAUACGUCAAGCACAAGGACGGGGUGUCAACGUUUGACAAGGAAGCGUUCACGCGAUCUCAUCGCAAGAACAUUGCCAAGUUCCUGGCAGAGUUCGAACGAUCGCAGAUGUACGAGGUGCUGGUCCGCAAGCGCACUCAGGUACUCCACGUGAUGAGCUAA